AUGUCACUAGUGAUGAAUUCGGUAGAAGAAAGUAAAGAAGGAGAAGAUGAACGGUUUAAUACAGAGGAAGAAAUCACAUUAGGGAGAAUUAAAGGACAAACUUUAACAUUAGCAGAGGAAAUAAAUGAAUAUUGUCAUUCAUUUCGGGAUUCUGUAAGACUGGUCAAGCAAGGUGGAUUAGCUCAGAAAACUAGAGAAAAUUUGAAAGAGAUAGAAAGUAUUACAAGAGAAGCACAAUUGAAGCGCAGUCGGGCAUCAAUUUCGAUGAGAUACUAUGCAUUGAAAAGGAAAAGAAAACAACUGGAACAAGAUUUAGAAAAGAAAGUGUCCUUCGCUCAAAAUAUUAAAGACGAAGAACUAGAAGAAGAACCGCCAAAUAAGAAGAAUUCCAGUCGUCUCUAUCAGUCUUUUGGUUACAUGAAAAAUGUGCUGAAAAGUAGUGGAAAAACAGUAUUAAAUCAGAUUGGUUAUGAGAUUCUCGAUGAACAUGGAAUUCUUGAUGCUACUGUUCGUCUUGGUGGAACAACGUUUGAUACGACUGAUGCCUAUGGGGUUGGUAGAAGUGGAACAUAUAUAGGGAACUUGCUGAAAAAAUGUGAUGAAAAAGUUAGAAGUAAUAUAGUGUUAAGUUCAAAAACGUAUAAUCCAAUGAUUAUUGGCGAUAGUAAGGGAUUAUCAAAGGAAAGAAUAUCAGAAAAAAUUGAUAGCACACUAAUGCGUCUUGGAAUAAAACAGCUGGAUAUGUAUCUUUCACAUGAAAUGGAUGAAGAAAUACCAUUGGAAGAAACACUUAGUUGUUUUAAUAAAUUACAAAAAAAUGGAAAAAUACGUGCAUAUGGUGCGUCAAAUAUCAAUUGUGAACAGUUAGAAAAAAGCAUAUCUAUUUGUGAUAAUCUUGAUUUAAAUAGAUGUGAAUGGAUACAAAAUUCAAUGUCAUUAUUAAAUUAUUCGGAAUCAGAAAAAGUGUUACAAAUAUACUCUAAGUAUGGCCAUGGUUUUACUCCUUAUAGUCCAUUAGCCGGUGGAUGGUUAACAGGAAAAUAUCAACAAGGUUUUAAUUAUCAACGUGGUUCGCGGAUGACACUAAGACCUGAACCAUAUGGAAAUUAUAUUAGAUAUCAGGAUAGUAUAUUUGAUGGCUUAAAUUCAAUAAGAAAAAUCAGUAACGAACUAUUUGGUAAUAAACUGAUCGAGUCGACUUAG